AUGAACAAGUUUUUCAUCAGCCCGAUUGAACAGAGAGAAUUGAGCAUGGCUCGGGCUAAAAUUCAAAGGUUUGAUGAGAGAAUUGGUACUGAAUAUCAAAAGAUUCAAGACCUUAAAAAUCAAAUUGUUCAAAUAACUCAACAAAUAGCAGAGAGCCAAGCUCAUACUGCUUAUCUUCAACUUGAUGAGGAGGCCCUCAAACUUGAAUUCAUUCAAGCCAAACUAAUUUAUGAAAUGGAAUGUAGAAAAAAGCAAAUGCAAGAAAGAGAAAUGAAGAAUUUGAGAAAAGUGAGAGAGGCUAAGGAAAAUGAAUUCUUAAGGAAAGGUUGGCGAUUACAAAAAGCAGAAGCAAUCAGAAGAAAACAAGAAACCAAAACUACUGACAUUGUUUCUCAAGUGUCACGAAUCCAAAGUACAGUCGAAGAACUCACGGAAGAUGUACAUCACUAUAAGGCUUUAGAUAAGAAACUCAAAUCUUCUAUUCAAAACAACUUUUAA